UCCAUUCAUGUGCUUGAACUAGAUGCCUUUGUAUUUGCAAGUGAUUACUUCUCGUCGAAAGGAGAGCAAGCUGGUCGACUUUUCGGGAAAACAUCCUCGUCAAGGGGAUUAUCCCUUCUUGGAGUAUUCCUCCAAGUAUUUUGUGAGGUUCCUACGUAUCUGAGAGCAGAGAAAAACUUACUCAAACUUUCAUAUCUCGUCAAACAGUUUCCGUCAACGCCAUGAUGAAGCGCCGAUUCGUCGUUGGCGAAUAACUGCUCGUUGUCGUCCUGGAUCGUUUUCUAUAAGUUCAACCGAACAAACCCGAAGUAUUCAACUAGUUUUAAAGGAAAAUGUGAACAAACAAGGCGUUGUACGGCUUUAAGGCUGUAUUUUUCCCGAGAAGGUCUAACAAAUAUGUCUUCAGAGAGGGUCACUGUCAACCUUCCUGUUCCAUACGAAUACAAGCCUUUGGCGUGUUACGCGCUUUAAGGAUAUUUCAUGAGCAAUUCGCAAGCCAACGAAGCUGGGGAAAUGACUGCUGCAAUUUCCCAAACUGUUAUGACGGAAGGAGAAAGCGAACCGAAGAGAAGCGAAAACCCAAAACCAACUUCGGAUGCGGUGGAAACCAAUUCAUCUCACUCUAUGCCAGACGACAUAAAGAUCGUCGAAGACGCGAAGGAAAGAGGGCAAAACCUUUUGAAUGAAAGUAUAGAAGCAGAAGAGAAGGCUGUGGCCUCCAGUCCAGAUGGUAGAUUUCUCGAAUUUGAUAUAGAAAUUGGUCGGGGCUCGUUUAAAACUGUUUUUAAAGGUCUAGACACCGAAACUGGUGUCGCUGUGGCUUGGUGUGAAUUACAGGAUAAAUAUUCGAAGUCGGAGCGAUCUCGCUUCAAGGAAGAGGCCGUCAUGCUGAAACAGCUUACUCAUCCAAAUAUUGUGAAAUUUCACGAGUUCUUCGAGCGACCGAAAGCCGGACAGAAAGAUAAAAAACAACUUAUUCUUGUUACAGAAUUGAUGACUUCGGGAACGCUUAAAAUGUAUCUGAAAAGAUUCAAAGGUGUACGCGAGAAAGUUUUGAAGAGUUGGUGUCGCCAAAUCCUCGAGGGAUUGUACUUUUUGCACACCAGGACCCCGCCUAUCAUUCAUCGCGAUCUCAAAUGUGACAAUAUUUUUGUCAACGGUUCAACUGGCUUGAUUAAGAUUGGUGACCUGGGAUUAGCUACCUUGAAGAAACACUCGUUUGCUAAAAGUGUAAUAGGUACUCCGGAGUUCAUGGCACCAGAGAUGUAUGAAGAACGUUACGAUGAGUCCGUUGAUGUUUAUGCAUUUGGUAUGUGUAUGCUGGAGAUGGUCACGUUGGAAUAUCCUUACAUGGAAUGCCAAAAUGCUGCUCAGAUUUACAAGCGUGUGACCCAGGGUAUUCCUCCACAUUGUCUAGCUAAGGUGGAGAAUGCAGAUAUAUACGAUAUCAUCCAAGGUUGUACUAAAUACAGGAAGGAAGAAAGAUACACGAUUCCUUAUCUUCUCAAAUGUCCGUUCUUUAAACUUGAUGGUGGCAUUAAAGUAGACUUGGUCCUGCCAUUAGAAGUGGACCCAGAUAAGCCAGAACUUGUGAAACUGCAAUUACGAUUAGGAGACCCACGGCUGCGGAAAGAUAAGCAUAAAGAUAACGAAGCUAUUCAGUUUGAUUUUGAUUUAGUCAAAGAUAAUCCUGAGAAGAUAUCUAAGGAAUUGGUCUCAUCGGGAUUUAUCGAUGCGAACAACAUUCAGUUGAUCAGAAAAGCGAUCAAACAAUGCGUCGAACUUGUAAAAAGAAACCCUGAGAAAGGAGCCGUUGAAGAAAAAGAUAAUGAUUCUGUGGAGAAGAAUAAUCCUCCUUCUGAGACUCCUCAGAGUAUUACCAUUGAAGACCAGGUGAAAAUUGUCCCUGACGAGAUGACAGAUCAAACACAAAACCAAACCCGUAGCACAACUGAUCAACAGGUCACUUCUUAUCAACAACAAUCCACACAGCAAGUUCAAUCACAACAGCAGCAACAGCAACAACAACAACAGCCACAGCCACAGCAAAAAAAUGAGCCUGAAAACCAAGAAGUUAGAUCAAGACAAAACUCUACUACCAAUGAUGAACAAGCUAAUCAAAGCCCUAAAGUUACUGCGGCAUCCGCAGUGGCGAGCAAGGACUCUGGUAUUUCAAACACAUCCGUAGUCAGUUCUGUAGCCUCAGAAGAUGUUGCAGGGCAACGUUUGGAGCCUUUGAGUGUUUCUACAAUACCAGUUGAUAACAAGCCUUGCUCAGUCUCACCAGACACAGAGAAGACGUUCCUUACCAGCGCUGAGUCCGCUUCUACAGUCAGUGAAAAAGCCUCAAACGAUACUGUAAGUAUGCUAAGCAGCGGAAACUCUUCCACAAUUUCCUUACCCGGAUCUCAACCUGCAAGUCAGACGUCCACCCAACCAGCCGCACAACAGCAAGGCCAACAAUCUACUCAGGCACCAGCCCAGUCAGUAGAUAAGAAAAAGAAAAAGGAGCGUGCAUUCAAGUUGAAUUUACUCACUGUCACUGGAAAUGAGAUUGAAUGUUCGUUUGAUACGUACAAGAAUUACAGGAUAACUUUCAAAUUCGAGAUCGACGAGGAUGAAUCGAUGGACAUUGCAAAGAGCAUGAUUGAUUCAGGCCAUUUAAGAGAGGCAAACAAGGUGUUGUUUGUGGAGCGAUUAAGAAGAAUCCUUAGCGAUGCUCGUAGUAAAAAAGAAUUAGAUAGCAGUGGGACAGUUCGCUUUGACCAUCAGACGUCCACAGAAAGCAAUCCUGGAUCAGCACACACAUUACCAACCCCAACUGAGAGAAACGAGCAGUUCCAAUUUCCAGCAAAGCCUGAACCUGCGUCCCAAACAAAUAUUCAAUCAUCUUCACUUGGCACCCAACAGCAACAAUCGAGCGAGACAACUAACGAACAAGUUCCUGCGACGACUGCUGACAAACCGGUUGCUCAGCCGACGCAAUCUUUAGUUAACCAGCAAACUGACACGCAGGAAAACCCACAGGAAGUCGUGUCGCAAGAUACCCCACAGGAAGUGAUGCCACAGGCCACCCCGCAAGCCGAUCAUCAGGCUAUGCAGACUGUGGACCCGCGGCCAACUCUACCUGCUGCCAAUCCUCAACAAGUCAACCAACAGACCCAGAUGCAAGAUCAGAAACCUGUUCAAGCUAUAAAAAACCAACCAGCCGAACUUCAGAGGAAACAAUCAGUGAAUAAUCAGAACAUUCAGCAGCCUAACCAGGCGAUGAAUCAGACAAACAAACAAGCUGUAACCGCAGCAAUACAAUCAACUACUCUACCGAUUGAACAACAGUUGGAUACUGUUCAUAAUCCUCGUGACUCUCAGCAGACUGUACCAUCACCUGGGUCCCAAGCUCCUGAUACUGUAGUCAGUCAGGCUAACCAGCAAAAUGCGCCCAGCCAAGCUAACCAACGUACUGCCAUUCCCCCAACGAGUUUGCCACAAGCCUUAACAUCCCAAUCACAAGAUACAAGUUCGAAGCCUGCGACUAAAACACCCACCGAAGUUCGUACUGUUGUCGCGAAGAAAAAACAGUUUCAAGUGCAAGUCUUGGAAGAACCACAGAACGGCAUUGCCACGGAUUUGCCAGUUGUACCUGGGAACUCCUCUACUAAUACGCCUGUUGGACAAGCGCAGAAUGUAAACGCCCCUCAAGACCUACCUGUGAAAACGAAUGUACCACAAGCUGACGUUUUGACUAGACAAUCGCAGACUGAAGUCGCGCAAAAUAAUACCAAGGUGUCCCCAGUUCAAGAUGUAGCUGCUCCUGUAACUGUUGUACCACAAGUCAGCCCACAGGAGACUGUGGUAAAACAACCACAACAAUCAAAUAAUGAAGAGAAGAAUACGUCUCAAGCAUCAGGCAUUCCUAACAAGGUACCAGGUAACGAUGGGUCAUUGCAAAAUACUGUAGCACAAUCACAAAGCAGUAGCAGAACUCAAAAUGAAGCCAUUGCAGUUUCUCAGGCAACGCAAUCAGCACAAACUGCAACAAUCUCACCGACGUCAGCACAACAAUCAGUGGCGAAAAACGCACCUAAACCAAGAUCUGAAAGUCCUGUCGUCCCUGUAUCUCAAUCGCCGCAAGCUUUCAUAUCACAAGACCAAACAACUGCCGCGGUUAAUGAUGAGGAAGUGGCCUCGACUGCUCUGGGUGAAGAAUCCAAGCCAAAGAACUCUCCUUCAACUGAUGAAUCACGUGACGUACCACAGGAUGUAAUAACAAUACAAUCUCCAAUCACCAGCCAUCCUCCAAUACACAUCCCGAUUGUUCCCUCUGAAACACAAUAUGAAAACACCAGCACUUCGCGAAUCUCUGACAAUCUGACAGCUGAAAACCGCCAAAAAAGCAUCAGUGACAACGAAAAGUCUAGCAAAAAUGAUGACGCUAUUGCGCAAAUGACGUCGUCGAUUCAAACUCAAACGAGUUUUGAUAAGAGCAUGCUAACGCGAGAGCAGGCUAAGAAAACCACUGAACGAAGAACCAUGGAGAAGAGUUCGUCUGAAGAGUUUCCUCCGGGUUAUGAUGAUAGCGAUGGUUCUGUCUCAAGCGAGAAGUCAUAUAGCAGGCAAUCAUCUGAUAGUCAUUCUACGCAUGACAUGGACAUAUCUAAGUCUAAGAAUAUUGAAAAUUUGCAAGCUAAAGUGGAUGUUGAACAUUGGCUAAAUCAGUCCGGAUUGUUGGAAGGAGAUGGUGAUGGCGGAUCUAAUCUUCAGCUCUCGCAGUUUUCCCGAGAAGAAAUGGACGAAUUGAAGAGAAUAUGCAAGAAGCAAGAGAAAGAACGUGUUGAGAUGCAGAAACGACAGACGAAGGAACUCUGGGAUGUUUACAAAAAAAUAGAGCAAAGGAAAAAUGAAAAACCGAAGGAGUCUAAACGAGCAGUGGUCUCAACAACUUCCAGCACUAAAAGUACAGUUACCACAACUCAAACUGUUCAUGAAUACAAAUCUUCAAAUGGUCAUACCGUUAAAACAACGGUCAAAAAACAAAUCCAUCACUCCGAUGAAAACCUUACCAAACUACAGCAACGCAGUAUGCAGCAAUUUGAAUAUGAUGCGUCUAAGAAAAAAGGCGGUGCCGGUGCUGCGAUAGGAGGGUGGCCAACAAACAAACAUAAUUUCAAUCAAAUGAAAGGCCAGACAGGGGCGAACCCUAUGGUAAUGAAGGGACCUCGAGGACCGGUUGCAACACCAACAAGUAGUUCCUCUAUGUCCCAUAUCCCUCAAAGCACUCCAGGAUAUAUACCUCAUACUUCAUCGUCACAGGUCUUUGCAACACCACACAAUGCUAUACAUGGUAACCUCCCCGGCCAGAUUCACCCCCAAUGGCAUGGUGAGAAUACUGGCGUCUACUGGACAAACGGGGCCAAUCAAAAUUGGCAAGGGGCGAAUAUUGAAGUCGGGAAUGGGCGCGGGCAGCCGAUUACAUAUUCCGACGCCACACGACACGUGCCUGAUAUAAACUCUUGGCAAGCUAACGGUCCGUAUCUUCCCGUUACCACGCAACCACAGCAACAAAUGGCGCAAGCAAACAACCCACCUCGGACUGACAGUCAAGUAACAACAGACAACACAAAACACGCCGUGUUACCAAGCAGGUAGCAUCAUGGCUCCAAGAAAUUGUCAUAUUAAUUUCUGAUUCAUUAAUUUUGAACGAUCAAUUCCUUAUCGAAGAGUGCCACCAAUGUUCGUUCUUUUUCGUGUUGUGCUGCUGGUGAUGUUUCUUUAAGACGACGUUCUUAGAUGUGUAAUGUGACCAUCCACACGGUGUUCAACUUGAUUGUCUGACGACCUGCCGUCUGCCAUUAAUUUCCUCGCACUAUUUAACCAACGUGUGGUUGUUGCGUGUUUAACUCGUGGAUUGUUCGUGUAUCGCGCGAAUAACUCACGAAAUUCGAACCUGGUGCGUUCUCUUCGCGACAAACAAACAAUUAUCAGAAUGAAAGUAAUUUGCUUUGAAUAUCAAUUAUGUACAGUUUAUAUUUAAGAGAUUUUUGUAUCCAUAGUGCAAUAUUUGAUCUGCUAAAGGGGGGAGGGAGGGGGGGGUUUGAAAGUAGAUCUCGGAAGAGAACUUGCACACCAUUGACAUUGGUUUUUGAAACCUGUUUUGAAAUGAUGUGUUAUUGGGAGGCUAUUUUUUCUAUGAACAAUUUUGCUAUGGAUAAUUCUAAUAUUAUUUCAAAUAUUAUUUUAAUUGCAAUAAGAUUUAGCAAGCGUUUUUGAAACGACUUAUUCCCGACUUUUUUUUCUUCGUUAUCGAGUCGUUUCACAAACAUGAGGUCUGCGAUUGGAAUACUCACUGUCACUGACCGUCUGACACUGAGAAUUUGUUUUUUAAUAAUGAAGUGGCAGAAUUGCACGUGUGCGCAUAUACCGCGCGUCUGUCCUGAUGCGAUUUCUACGUCUGAUGGAUGUCAACACGAGUGGAUGAUUUAUAAUAUUCUAAGGGAAUUCCUUACCUGCAUAUUAUAAAACACUCGCUCGUUAACAGCCAUCAAUGAAAGAAACCAGGAAAGAAAGUAAGAAAGCGCGCGAUCCCUUUUUCACAUAAAAGGGAAUUAUGUUUACUUCUUGAACUCAAAACCAGAUUAUUAAGAUUUUUUUAAUUUUCUAACAAGCAAAAUAUCUGAAGAUAUUAAAGCUAAAAGUACGAUUUGAGUAAGAAGGGUUUAUUUGAGCCUAAUCAAAAGUGCCUCGGUUUUUUAGUUAGCCACUAUUACUUAUGAAGCAAAUUCUGCAAACAU